AUGGAGAGUGCAAAGUCGAAUAAGCCUCAUGCCAUGAUGAUACCAUACCCACUUCAAGGCCAUGUUAUCCCUUUUGUUCACUUAGCCAUCAAACUCGCUUCUCAUGGCUUCACCAUCACUUUCGUCAACACUGACUCCAUCCACCACCACAUCUCCACCGCUCGCAAAGGUGACGCCGGAGAUAUCUUCUCCGCCGCUCGCAGCUCCGGGAACCUAGAUAUACGUUACACCACGGUGAGCGAUGGCUUCCCUUUGGACUUUGACCGGUCUCUUAACCAUGACCAAUUCUUCGAAGGCAUUCUCCACGUCUUCCCUGCUCACAUCGAUGAUCUCAUCACCAAAACCUCCCGCCGGGGUGAUGAUCCUCCGGUGACUUGCUUGAUCGCCGACACGUUUUACGUUUGGUCAUCUAUGAUUUGCGACAAGCACAACCUUGCAUUCUCCACGUCUUCCCUGCUCACAUCGAUGAUCUCAUCACCAAAACCUCCCGCCGGGGUGAUGAUCCUCCGGUGA